UUCAUACACAUCUCUGUCUCCUUGGUUCGAGGACUCCCCGUCAACGACCUGAGGCCGUUCGUGCCUCAUAAAUUCAUAAUCGUGGCCUCCGCUUCCGCAAGUCUCCAAUGGGGAGUUAGAAGCCACCGUUCGUUGAGGUGACCAGCAGCCACUAGGGAAGAGAGAGACCAAAUCGGCCGUACCCACGAAGCCAUGAUUGACAGUCGAAUCCCCGGCGGAGCCGGCCAUGGGACUCUGCAGCACGCGUUUCCCUGCCGGAUUCGCUUCUCUUAUAGGAACGCCACCGUCCUCGUCUGUUUCUUCAACAUCGUGAUCGCCAUCCUUUUGCUCCACGCCUUUUUCGGGUCAUCCGGUCGCAGAUUUGCGCUCAGACGCGGCACUUGGGAGGCUGAGGCACUGCGUCGGGCUAUGGAGCCCUUGGAACUAAUAAAGAGGGUUAAGGAAAUCCAGGAAGAAUUUUCUAGAGAGCAAGAGAUAGUGGUGGUAAGUACCGGGCAAAGACAGAGCGCUGCAAGUGAUCUUUCAAAAAGGCUAAAGGACUUUCAAGCAUUAAAUGAUGCAAAUAGCAAGAAAGCCCUUGAGGAGUGGCGCAGAAGGAAGAUAGACCGAGCCAGACAGAAGAAAACUGAUUAAAAUGCAUCAAUUGCAGUACAGUCAUGGUGAAGCAGAUAUUUUCUGUAAAAAGCUGUUCCCUAGCAUUUGUAACCCAUGUUAUUUUUAGAGAUCUGCCCUGUGUGUUGGGCAGGUAUCUGUGAAGCUGGAUUCUGCAGUCUCUGAAUUGAUUGUUGUGUCAUCUACAAUUCGAUCUACGAAGCAAAAUGCAAAUAUAUGUCAUAUUAAAUUUCAAGCUAAUAAAUCAUAUUAACUUUCCAA